GCGGGUCCUUAGUGACGCAGUCGUGGGCAGGCUGAGCGAAGUUCUCCAGCGAGAUGAGUUUCUACGGACAGAGAUAUCCAGGACCAGGGACUAACCCUCCCCAUCAGCAUCCAGGAGCCCCCUAUGGAGCUGGUGUACCUCCAGGUGGUCCCACAGGAGGGCCCUAUGGAGGAUCACCUGCAGGUACCCCAUACGGUGGGGCACCAGGUGGACAGUAUGGUGGUUCUGCCCCUGGAGCACCCUAUGGAGCAUAUGGUUCCGGUGGACAUUUCGGAACAGGACCUGGUGGUGCACCUGGAGCACCUUAUGGGCAGGCACCAGGAGGUCCCUACGGAGGUUAUGGACAAACUCAAGGAGGACCAUAUGGCCAGCAGGUUCCAGGUAACAUGCCACCAGGAGUUAACCCUGAAGCCUAUCAGUGGUUUCAGACCGUUGACACAGAUCGCAGUGGCCACAUCAACCUUAAGGAACUGAAGCAGGCCCUCCUCAACUCCAACAACUCAGCCUUCAAUGAUGAGACCUGUUUAAUGAUGCUCAACAUGUUUGACAAGACCAAAUCUGGCCGUAUGGAUGUAUUUGGCUUCUCAGCUCUAUGGAUGUACUUGCAGCAGUGGCGAGCAGUGUUCAAUCAGUUUGACCGUGACCGUUCAGGUUCCAUCAACAGCAGUGAGAUGCACCAAGCACUCUCUCAGAUGGGUUAUAACAUGAGCCCUCAGUUCAUUGAAACCCUUGUGAGUCGCUACUGUGUCCGUGGCAUGAAUAAUUCUCUCCAGCUCGACCGCUUCAUCCAGGUGUGCACCCAGCUGCAGAGCAUGACCCAAGCAUUCCGUGAGAAGGACACCGCCAUGACUGGCAACGUACGCAUGAACUACGAGGACUUUCUGUCAAGUGCCAUCACACGACUCAUGUGAAGAUUUGCAUUCAGAUUCCAUUAGAGCUGAGUGAUUCCUACAGUGAAAGAGGACCACUGACUGCUGAUGCCAAAUUGGCACUGCAGUUUCCACUGUCUAUAUCCCUGUUUACAGUGCCUUUCACUGUAACUUACCUCACCUACCGCACGUGUCUUGUAUAUUUGCACUGGCCUUAGUCUGCAAAGGUCUACAGUUAUCGCUUAAAGUGUCCAAUUAAACUAAACAGCAAGCUACAGAAACAUGCUAACAAAUUGCAUUUAGUUUGUAAUUAACCUGGGGAUGUGCCAUAGAUUUAUUCUAUUAGAAAUGGUACCGGUAGUGCCAAUUAUUUGAGGUAAAAUUGCAUUAUCUAGUCUCUUGUAGAUCACCUUUUUAUUAACUGCAUUAUUUUAAAUUUUAACUGCAUUUGGGGAUUCAUCAGCUUUAUAAACUGCAUAUAAGUAAACCACUUGUGCUAAAUUAAGCCAGUUAUUGAUUGUGGGCAGGAUGCUUAUGCAUGAACUUGGGCUAUUGCAACCUUUGCUGAUGUCUGAGCAAAGUGUAAGUUCUUUUAUAUUAUUCUGCCAUGUUGUUUUGAAACAUUUUAUCAAUAAUGUAAGGACCAAUAUUUUUUUUUUUGCUUCGUGCCAAAAUAUUUAUGAAGAUUGUUUUUUGUCAAAUAAAGUUGAGUGCCAAUUGGUUUAAUGGA